CCAGAGGGAAGAGGAGACCAGGUGUGGAAAUGAGGAAAGCGUCGGACCAUUAACAUCCAAAAUAAUUGGUCACCAAUAGUAACAUCAAAUAGAACCAAAACUUAGUAUGGAAUUAGAAGCCACUUAAUUUUGAAAAAUAAGUUUUUAUGAAGCUUAUUUUGGAAUCAUUUUUAGAGGAAACAAGCUUUCAAAUUUUCACUGCCGGCUAGUCGGUAGAAACUGGAAAAGGAUUAAUUCCAAGUCCUAAGCAGUAAACAUCCUGAUUUCCUAUUUCCUACCUAAAAAAAUUCUCCUAUUCUGCAUUCCUGUUUGGCUACUCCCACUGCUUUGUUCUACAAUCAUUUGCGUCUGGUCACCUUCCUCUCUAUCAAUCUCUGGAAAAUAGCGCGGAGCUCCGGCACACAGUACACUCGCCAUAUUCUAUAUUCAACUCGCAUUUUCUUGAUGUCCGGCGACCUCGAGAAUCCAAAGUCCACUGAAGUGAAUAAAAAUGUAGAUGCAACUGGUUCCUCUGGGACUGAAGUACGAGUGACAUGGAAUGGUUUCUUGAUGCAACAGGCAUCAGUAUAUGGAGUAGCUGCUGGCUAUUGCCUGUCGGCAUCUUUGCUCUCAAUCAUCAACAAAUGGGCUGUAAUGAAAUUCCCGUAUCCUGGUGCACUAACUGCACUGCAGUAUUUCACCAGUGCAGCAGGCGUUUUAGUUUGUGGCUGGCUAAAGUGGGUAGAACAUGACCGCCUUGACCUUAUGACCAUGUGGCGGUUCCUUCCUGCUGCAAUUAUCUUCUAUCUCUCUCUUUUCACCAAUAGUGAGCUCCUCCUCCAUGCGAACGUAGACACAUUCAUUGUCUUCCGCUCGGCAGUCCCCAUCUUUGUUGCCAUCGGAGAGACCCUCUUUCUGCAUCAGCCAUGGCCAUCAGUCAAAACUUGGGCCUCAAUUGCCACUAUCUUUGGUGGGAGUGUCCUAUAUGUGAUCACCGAUUAUCAGUUCACAGUGAUGGCUUACAGCUGGGCUUUAGCUUACCUAGUUAGUAUGUCUAUUGAUUUUGUUUACAUAAAACAUGUGGUUAUGACCAUUGGUUUGAACACAUGGGGCUUAGUCUUGUACAACAAUCUUGAAGCUCUUCUACUCUUUCCACUAGAGCUGUUUAUAAUGGGCGAGCUGAAGAAAAUAAAACAUGAGAUAGCUGACGAGUCUGAUUGGUAUUCAUUUGGUGUCAUCCUGCCCGUGGCUUUGUCAUGCUUGUUUGGACUUUCGAUCUCUUUCUUUGGCUUCUCUUGCCGAAAAGCUAUCUCCGCCACAGGCUUUACAGUUCUUGGAAUAGUUAACAAGUUAUUAACCGUUGUUAUCAACCUUAUAAUCUGGGAUAAACAUUCAACUCUUGUCGGAACAGUUGGUCUUCUUAUCUGUAUGUCGGGUGGUGUUAUGUAUCAGCAGUCUACAAGCAAACCAAAGCCCGUGAAAGCCACAGAGCCACACGAAAGCCAAGAGGAAGAACAAAAACUGUUGGAGAUGCAGAACAAUAAAGAAGAUCAUAACAAUUUAGAGUCAAGUUCCAAAGUAGAAGAAUAAUAAGACUUUUUUGCUGCUCAAGGACUGUACUCUCUACUGCCACGCGAAGGGAUCAUAAUCUUCCUGGAAAGAUCAGAUGCAUUUUGAGGUAAAAAAGCAGUGCCACUUGUUAGGUCUUUUUUUGUCGAUUACAAUUGGCAAGCAGUGUAUUGUUCUUGUAAUUUGCCUGGCCGAGACUUUACCGUUUCAACUACCAUAUAGAAGAAACCUAUUCAUUCCAGAAUCUUAUUCUUUGCAUGUCCAGUUUUUGCUAAUUGCAGAACAGCAAGUCGAAAUUGUACUGACUGUAGAACAGCAAGUCAAAAUUAUGCAGUGAAAUUAACUAAACUAAUGAGUCGGAACUUGAAGGAACCAUAUCAUCUCGUUCAAAGACUUGUACUCUGUCCUAAUUUAUUGCUACAAAUGAUAUUUUAUUAAUUUAUUGCUACUAAUACAAUUAUUAGCGUGUAUGUUGCUUGUUUUGAGGUUGUCUCAUCGAGAGACAAUCUCUCAUAAGAGUAGCUUAUGAUAUUUUGUUGCUUUUAUAGGUUAGGUUUGGAUUUUGAUUUGGAAUAUUCAUUAAAACAAACCAAAAAAAAACUUUUCUUUCACAUUUUGAUCAUAAUUUCUUAUUAGAUAAACU